ACGGGGGAGUUACGGACAAAGAUGAGUCAGUCUCAUGAGGAUAGCCUGACCAGCGUGGCAUGGAAUCCAGAUGGUAAGCGCUUCGUCACCGGUGGACAGAGAGGCCAGUUCUACCAGUGUGACUUGGAUGGAAACCUGCUGGACUCAUGGGAAGGAGUUCGGGUGCAGUGCCUGUGGUGUCUGAGUGACAGCCGGACCGUCCUUGCAUCCGACACCCACCAACGCAUUCGUGGAUACAACUUUGAGGACUUGACCGACAGAAACAUAGUGCAGGAGGACCACCCCAUCAUGUCUUUCACUGUUUCCAAAAAUGGAAGGUUAGCUCUGCUCAAUGUUGCAACUCAGGGAGUGCACCUCUGGGACCUGCAGGACCGGGUGCUGGUGAGGAAGUACCAAGGGGUGACCCAGGGCUUCUACACCAUACACUCCUGCUUCGGAGGACACAAUGAAGACUUCAUUGCAAGUGGCAGUGAAGAUCACAAAGUUUACAUUUGGCACCGUCGCAGUGAGCUGCCCAUCGCAGAGCUGACUGGUCAUACCCGCACAGUUAACUGUGUGAGCUGGAACCCCGUCCUGCCAGGACUGCUGGCCAGCGCCUCCGACGACGGGACCGUCCGGAUCUGGGGACCUGCCCCAUUCUUGGAUGUCCAGGACGCAGAGGGGCUCAAUGAAUGUUGCAGCAUGGACAGCUGAUGAUCUGCUGCUGUGAUCUUGAGGAGCAUUAAGACUCUUAGACACUUGAAUGAAUGAAGCAGGAUAAGCUUUGGUCACUGGACAGCAGCUUCCUGGAGGCGGGGCCAGUGGUGCUGCAUGUCAGGAUGUCACAACACAGAGAUGUCAGACCCAGUUACAUUGUUGAGAGCAGAGCCAGCCAGAUGAAGCUGGGCUCCACGACCUCCAGUAUCUGACCCGCCUCCUCCUCUCGUCCGCCCCGUUCCCUCAGUACCAUCCAGGACCAUCCAGGACCAUCUAGGACCACCCACCUCCUCUUAUUUAUUAUCAGCUACAUUAUGUAUUCAUCAGUAGUUCACUGACUUGUGCUAGGCUGUGACGUAGAGAUGCCUUGUGGAGGUUGUGUGUUAUUUUGAUUCAGUCCUGAAAAAGCUUCAACUUUUUUCCUCUUUCACCUCCUGAACCUUUCUAAGAGAUUUGAACUAUAGACAUAGACAUUUGAUGGAUGCAUCAUAGACAUUUAAGGUUCAGUUUUUUCUUCCAGCUUUGCUUCUAACCAGUGAAGGAAUAGUAUAUGAUGAGCAUGUUGCAUAGGAUAGCUGAGGACAUUUUACACUCGCAGUAUGUCCUGCUAUAUAAUACAUUGAUGCCUUGUGAGAGUAUACAGCUGAUGUGUGGAAACCUAUAGAGUUCAAAGGAUUAUCCUUCAACCCAUUACCCAUUGCAUAUGGAUUAUCUGUGUAGAUCCUUCAAGCCAUCGGCGUGGAUAUCCCCUUUAUUUUGCUGUGACAUCUUUGCUCUCUUUACAAUUGCUCUUUUGUUUCAGUUUCCAUUGAAGCCUGUUGGUUACAUUGUUACAUGUUUUAAAUUUAACUUAUUACUGUUUUAACUUGUUUUUUAUUUACUACAAUGGGAAAGAAACACUCCCUGAUUUCUUACUGUAUCCAGUAGAGCCCCCAAAAUCCCAGCUCAACUGUGAGCUUUGGCUGUUGUUAUUGUUUAGUUUCAUAUUAUCAACAAAUCCAAUGAAAAGACCUGAACCAACAAUGUGUUCGUCUGUUUGUCGGAAUGUUCUGAGAUCUCUACCCUGUCUCUCAGAACCCAUUGGUUCCUACUGAAGAUGUAAAGCUUUGAGCCCUUUUUUUAAACGUGUCUUUAGUCAUUUCCGAACGCAGCUGGUUACUGUGGUUUGUAACAAACAUUACUCAGAAAGGAGGAUUAAUCCACAUUUGGGGCUCUGGUGAGUAUUUGUGCAGCAGGAUGGUGUGUGUGGGAUUGAGUCAAAUUAAAGUUCUGUGAGUGUGUUCAUGGUAACGAAGGAACAUGUGACCCAGUGCAACCGUGUAACUCGUGUGUUUGAAUGGUUUGUGGAGAACGAAAAGGAGCUCUCUCGCACAGAGGAAGAAGAUCUAGCAGCCAUUGAUAUACACACACAAUUUAGGACGGUACUUUUUACUGGGAAGGUCUGUGCAUGAGAUUUGUUCAUGAUAUACAGUGGGUACGGAAAGUAUU